UCUUAUCAUAACAUACUAACCCAUCCCUAGCUCUAGAGCCAUGCCUCCUAAAUUCGAUCCGCAAGCUGUGAACUAUGUUUACCUGAAAGUAGUAGGAGGAGAGGUUGGAGCCACCUCAUCCCUCGCCCCCAAGAUCGGUCCCCUGGGUCUCUCCCCUAAAAAAGUGGGAGAUGACAUCGCCAAAGCCACCCAAGGCUGGAAGGGCCUGAGAAUCACAGUUGAAUUGAAGAUCCAGAACAGACAAGCCUCAGUUUCAGUCGUUCCUUCAGCUUCUUCCCUCGUAAUUAAAGCUUUGAAAGAGCCUACCAGAGACCGAAAGAAGGUGAAAAACAUUGCACACAGCGGUAACAUCACAAUGGACGAUGUGAUCGAAAUUGCCAGAACGAUGAGGACUCGAUCAGGAGCCAAACACCUGUCCGGUACUUGCAAAGAAAUCUUAGGAACCGCUCAAUCAGUUGGAUGUACCGUGGACGGUCAGCCACCACAUGACGUUAUCGAAUCAAUUCAAAGUGGAGAUAUCGAGAUUCCUGAAGAAUAAUUUUUUAAGUCUAAUAGCUUUUUUUAUUUAUUGGAA